UGCGUGCAUACCCCGAGCCGGAAGAAGUAGACGUGGAAACGAUUAGGGCAGCGUAACUUUGCAUGUCACGACAGACGGCCGAACUUGGCAGUUGGCUGGUCAAAUGCUGAAACACCUCAUGGCACAUGACUGAAUGAAGACUAUGAAUGACUAUGAAGCACAUUUGAUGAGUGUAGCACGAACAUCAAGGGUGAUUGGGCGGGCGUAUCGUGGUGUGUUCGGUAGAUGUGUGUUGUGAAGAAGGAUUGUUUUUAAGGUCGCAGCAUAUUCUAAACAGAGCCUUGCUCGUCAGAAGUCCGGGCGCUGCGAUGGCCUCCGCAGUUCGGACGCUCACAACCAAUCGAUACCAAUCGAUCAUGCAGUAUAUCUGCGAUGUGACCACAACUCACAAUGUUCAAAUAUACGAAGCAUGUUUCAUGAUUGAUGCAAAUGCAGAAUUCAGUCAGAAGACAUUGAAGUAGAAAUGACACCCCAGAUAAAAUCAUCCACUUUGUAUGUGGGCAAUCUUCCAGUGGAUGCCACACGGACAGAAGUAGAAGAAAUAUUUGGAGAAGCAGGACCUAUCAAGAAAUGUUUUGUCCUCAAGGCCAAGAAUGAGGCCUCGUCAUACGCGUUCGUGACGUACGCGCUACCGGAGGACACGGAUACAGCCGCGGCGGAGCUCCAAAACGCCACUGUUCGCGGCAACCAUCUCACUGUGUCCAUAUCAAACCGAAAACAGAAACAGUCCAGAGCCGCCAAGGAAGGUUCAGGCCACCCCGCCGGCUCCGAUCAACACACGCCGUCGAAAGAACCGGUACGGAAGAAACAGAAAACGGACAGCGGAGCAGCCGCCGUUAAAAGCAGUCCUCCUAAGAAAAAGAAGUCGCCCGAUGCUAAAGAGGAUGCACAUGCAGCAGCACCAAACAAGAAAGGUCGUCUUAUUGUCCGGAAUUUGUCGUUCAAGGUUACCGACGACUCAUUCCGUAAGCAUUUCGCAUCCGUUGGACCCGUUACAGAAGUUAAACUGUUGAAGAAAUCGAAUGGGCUUCUAGUUGGCUGUGGCUUUGUUCAGUUCAAGCAUGAAAAGCAUGCUCAAGAGGCUAUCAAGAAGUAUAAUACAAAGCCCUUUCUUGGUCGACCGAUAGUCAUUGACUGGGCGGUGGACAAGACACGGUACGAAGCCGCCCAGAAGCCGGCGCAGACGGGCGGCAGCAAGGGUAGUAAGCGACCUCUAGAUGAUGAGGAGGAUGUAGAAGAUGAGGACGAAGAAGAAGAAGACGAGGGGAGUGACGAUGACGGCUCCAGCCAUGACGAGACGAUGAACAGCUCUCCGGGCAAGGCAUCAGUCGACCAAGAAACCCCAGAAGAGGAAGACAGUGAAGAAGACGAGGAGAGUGGCGAUGACGAGGAGGAGGAUGGUGACGAUGCUGAAACCGGUGAGAGUGACGCCGCCUCUGACGAAGACGAAGAAGGCAGUGACGAUGACGAUAAAAGUGACGAGAGCGACGCCGAAGAGGAAAGUGAGGAGAACGAAGGUAGCGACGUGGAGGAGGAAGCCGCCACGCCAGCUAAAAGAAAUCGCAAGGUGGCCAGUGAUGUCGGCGAGGGCUGCACGCUGUUCAUAAAGAACCUGUCGUUCGACACGGACCAGGACACGCUGAAGGAGCUGUUCUCCCAGUUCGGCCGGGUCAAGUACGCGCUGCUGUGUGUCGACCCGCUUACCGAGCACCCGCGCGGCACGGCCUUCGUUCAGUUCAAGAGUGCCGAGGAGGCGGAGGCAGCGCGAACGGCGGCCGUCAGCCCCGACAAUGCCGCCCUGUUCACGCUGGAUGACCGUCGGAUCGAGGUGCUACCAGCGGUCAACAAGGACCAGCUGCGGCGAAAGGGGGAACUGGAGAAGGAGAAGGCCUCGGAGGGCAAGGACAAGCGCAACCUCUACCUAGCCAGAGAAGGACUGGUACGCGAGGGCAGCCGGGCAGCCGAGGGAGUGUCGCGCGCUGACAUCAACAAACGCAUCGGCCUCGAGAAGUGGAAGACCAAGAUGCUGCGCAACCUGGGCAUGUUCGUGUCCCCGGUGCGACUGUGUGUACACAACCUGCCGGUCGACUGGGAUGACGGCCGGCUGCGGAAGCUGUUCCAGCAGCACGCGCCGGCAGGGGCGCAGAUCACAGAGGCUCGAGUGAUGCGAGACCGGCGGGAUGUAUCGUCUCAUCCGCGGGGCCAGUCCAAGGAGUACGGCUUCGUCACCUUCACGCAGCACGAGGCGUCACUCGCUGCCCUGCGUAACAUCAACAACAACCCCGAGAUCUUCACCGUGAACAGGCGUCCCAUUGUGGAGUUCGCCGUGGAGAACCGGGCAGCGCUGGACGCUCGCCGCAAACGAGAGGAGAAGAGUCGACAGAUGAACCAGCCAGUCGCGCCGGCCGCGCUCAGCAGGCGCGCCCGGAAGGCCGCCAAGAGCGCCCCCUCCGCCGCCACCCCCGCCGCCCCCGCCUCCGCCGCCCAGCCGGCGAGGCCAGCGCACGCCGGUAUGGCCGCCGAUCCCUCCAAUAAACGGCUGCCCAAGCUAAAGUCGCGAGCCGGCGCCCAGGAGAGCGCCAAAGCCAUCACUAGGAAGAUGCUGAAGGCGGACAAGAAGGGUCGGCGGGAGCGGGCCGGUCAUAAGAAGGACGUGGUGCAGGACUGGGAGAGAACGCCCGCGGAAAAGCAACAAAAGAAGAAGCCGUCCCGACGGGAGCGUAAGGCGGAAAAGGGCCGCGGAAAAGAGCGCCCCGAGGACGCCAAAUUCACGAACCUGGUCGACAAGUACCGUAAGAAGCUGGCGGCAGCGCCUGCCACCGCCUCGCCCUGGUUCCAGUGACACAGCACGGCACGGCGCAGGGGAGUCGGCGUGAGUGUAUGUGAGAGGGGAGGGGUAUAUGAUUAAUGAUCGUCCUGUGCCCGUGUCUAAGCGUAUGUGUCAGUGGGGGAAUUGCUUUCUCCGAGCAUUCGGAGGACAUGAUGUCUUGACGAUGUGUUGCUGUUUGACACCGGGGUAUGAGCGUUUUUGGAGACAUUUUGUCCAAUGUGUUGCAUCUCAUGUGUUGACAGAUUGAAUAGAAGUCUAUUUGAGCUUC